UUGUAUUAUUAUUUGUACCCCACAAAAACCAACAAACACGUCAUCUACGCUGAGACUCUUCGACUCUCUCUCACUCCCUCCUUCCUUUCCCUUCCCUAUUUUAUCACUCACCAACCGCCACCUCACAUCCAAAUCCACUCUUGUCCAGCUGAAGCUGAAAACGAAGCCACAUGUCUUCUUCUUACGUGCCCUUCCUCCUUCUCCUGAUCCUCUGCGGCCAAGCCCACGGCCGCUUCAUCUCCGACACCCAAUCCGCGUCGCAAGAUCUGAUCUCCGAUGGCGUCCACCACCACCGUUCCCACAUCCCCAGAUCCUACCUCACUCUUAACCCCUUCUCGGUGGAUGCGGAGUCCACGUGUGACCAGACCUACGGGUUCUUGCCCUGCACCACCACCGUGCUUGGGAAUCUGUUCCUGAUCCUGGUGUAUGGAUAUUUGAUGUUCUUGGCCGCCACCUACCUCUCCAAUGGCAGCGAGAUGUUGCUCGAGAUUCUCGGCCCCGGUAUCAUUGGAGGCUUGUUUCUCCCCAUCCUCGGGGCUCUUCCUGACGCCAUGCUCAUUCUCGUAUCUGGACUUUCCGGGACUACAGAAACUGCUCAAAGUCAGGUCUCUGUUGGAAUGGGGUUGCUAGCUGGGUCAACUGUAAUGCUUCUUACAGUAAUAUGGGGUUCCUGUGUUCUCGUUGGCAAGUGCGAUAUUGAGAAUUCGAUUGCCAUAGAUAACAAAGAUACAAAAGGGCUUAGCUUAACUGGAUCUGGUGUCAGUACUGAUAUCUGGACUAGCUAUGCUGCAAGGAUUAUGGCUAUAUCUGUCAUCCCAUUUCUUAUUGUUCAAUUACCGCAGCUACUCAAUUCGACCUCGGGUAGACACUUAGCAGUUUUGAUUUCACUCAUUGUCUCUGUGGUACUAUUGGUUUCAUAUUGCCUGUAUCAGGUGUUUCAGCCUUGGAUCCAGAGGAGAAAAAUUGCUUAUGCGAAGCAUAAGCAUGUUAUAUCAGGCAUCUUACAACAUCUGAAGAACCAAGCAUUGGGAAAGCUCCUUAAAGAUGAUGGUGAACCUGAUUUAGAUAUUAUAGAAAAGCUGUUUAACACAAUCGAUCAGGACGGUGAUAGACAUCUUUCAUAUUCUGAAUUAAGCGCACUGAUUGUAGGAAUCCGGUUUGAUGAAAUAGAGUUGAAUAAGAAUGAUGCUGUGGACAAAGUGAUGAAAGAUUUUGACACUUCUCGUGAUUCCAAAAUCAGUGUUGAAGAGUUCAAGGUGGGGGUCUCAAAAUGGCUUAAUAAGGCAAAGCGUGCAGGAAAUGCCAAUUCUGACCCUGGCCAUCGCUCGAUGAAAUUUUUAUCUGAUUUUCACUCGCGGACAAAGCAAGAGCACGCUCUGUUGGGGGCUGGUGAUCAAAGUGAUGAGGUUGUCGAGGGUGCUGAAAAUCCUAAGUGGACCUCCCUCAAAGCUGGAUUAAUGUUGUUGGUAGGAACUCUUAUUGCAGCUGCAUUUGCAGAUCCCUUGGUAGAUGCUGUUGAUAAUUUCUCAGAUGCCACAAGCAUUCCAACUUUCUUCAUCUCAUUCAUUGCACUACCUCUGGCUACUAAUUCUAGUGAGUCUGUAUCUGCGAUUAUCUUUUCUAGCCGCAAAAAGAUAAGGACUGCCUCCUUAACAUUUUCUGAGUUGUAUGGUGCAGUUACCAUGAAUAACAUCCUCUGCCUAUCGGUAUUUUUGGCUCUGGUUUACAUUAGAGGACUAUCGUGGGACUUCUCAGCGGAAGUCCUGGUCAUUCUCAUCGUUUGCGUUGUGAUGGGUAUUUUAGGCAGUUUACGCACCAACUACCCUCUCUGGACUUGUUCAAUUGCUUUCCUACUUUACCCCUUCUCCCUGGCGCUUGUUUAUGUUCUGGAUUAUGUUUUAGGCUGGUCAUAGACUCACGACGAGGUGAUCUGAGUACGUUGGGGUGCUCUUCGGUAUUUAUAAAGCGAAUCGUUUUCCUUUCAUUUUUCCUAUGGUUUAUAUGAUCCUUGAUAAUGUUAUUGUGAGCAGGCAGGCAUUUUGGUUUCAUUUCCAUUAGCGACACUUGAGAUUUGUUGGGAGCACUAAAACUAUUAUCAGCCAAUUUUCUCAUUAUAAAGCAAAAGCACAGAUUCUGUGUCA